AUGAAGUGGAUUUUGUUGUUCACAGGAGCGGCACUAGCCUUGGGCGCUGCGCCGCGGCUGCCAAAACCGCGCGAAAUCUCUUUAGAUGAACAUGAAAAUGGCGGUUUCAAGCUUGCUCUUUCUGGAGACAGGGGUCUGGAAAACCUUGGUCAUAUCGGUCGCAAAGCAUCGGCUGAUGACAGCGAAGUUACCUUUGACUUGAGCAGCACCUAUGAUGAAGACCUGGGCGGACUUCGCAUCAGUGUUCUCUGGGACGGACCCCCGGACAGAGUGUUUGAGGACUGCUUCGAUUUCGGAACCAAGCAGUGGUACGGAGGUCCGGAGCAAAAGGAACAAUACUGGCCAAUACAAAAAUCAAAAAUCCAGAAAUACUCGAUUAUUUCCAAAGAAGAUGACAAUGCUGCUAUAUCAGAAAGAUACUGGCUUAACUCUGACGGUCAAUACAUAUACGUGCAUCCAGAAGCGCCAUUGUUUGUGGAUCAUCACAACAUCUUGGACAACCACAUCUGCUUUAUCGCUGAAGUGGCUGCACCGUACUCCUCAAAAAGAACUCACAAUGUUCUUAAAUACGACAUCUGGGUGUUUGAUAAUCCGAAAAUCGCCCAUCAACACGCCGUCGAUACGUAUCUAGGAAAACCUACCGGUAUACCCGAUUUCAGAAUGAUCCAAUACCCGGUUUGGUCCACUUGGGCUCGAUACUCCCGUGAGAUCGACCAAGAUAAUCUGUGGCAAUUCGCAAACGAGAUUGCGGACAGUGGCUUCCCUAACGCCCAGUUUGAAAUCGACGACCUGUGGGAGAUAUGCUACGGCUCGCUGACCGUCGACGAAAGGAAGUUGCCCGACUUUAAGAAACUGAUCCAGGACAUCAAGGGUCUGGGCUUCCGAGUCUCUAUUUGGGUUCAUCCAUUCAUCAAUAAAGACUGUAAUCCGUGGUACAGUGAAGCUUUAGAAAAGGGCUAUCUAGUACUCAAUGAGGAGGGUAGCCCUGACACGUCGUGGUGGAACAACAACGGAUCAGUUCCUGGAUACAUUGACUUCACAAAUCCUGACGCUGCAGAGUGGUACUCCUCAAGGCUAAGGAACCUCAUUGAAACAUAUGAUAUCGACAGUCUGAAGUUCGACGCUGGAGAAUCAAGUUGGUCCCCCCCAGUCCAGAAUGGAGACAUCGACCUGCACCCAGGUCACAUCGUGCGCGAUUACGUGAACACCGUCGCUAAGUUCGGCCCAAUGAUUGAGAUUCGCUCCGGUAUGAGAACCCAAGACCUGCCAGUAUUCGUCCGCAUGGUAGACAAGGACACGCUGUGGGGCUUUGACAAUGGCCUAGCAACGUUGGUAACCACCCUGUUGACUAUGAACCUGAACGGCUACCCGCUGGUGUUGCCAGACAUGAUCGGUGGUAACGGGUACAACGAGCGCCCCAGCAAGGAGCUGUUCAUCCGGUGGCUGCAGGCGAACGUGUUCAUGCCGACGCUGCAGUAUUCCUUCGUGCCCUGGGAUCAUGAUGAGGAGACAGUGGAGAUCUGCCGCCGCUACACGCAACUGCACGCGGACUUCGCGGAGGAGAUCGCGGAGGCCAUGCAAGCAGCCGUGGAUAGCGGAGCGCCCGUCAACCCACCCAUCUGGUGGCACGACCCUACCGACCAAGAAGCGCUCGAAGUCUGGGACGAGUUCCUGUUGGGUGAGCGGGUGCUGGUGGCGCCGGUGGUGGAGGCGGGCGCGGAGUCACGGGACGUGUACCUGCCGAGCGGCCGCUGGCGCGCCGCUGACGGCCAGCUGCACGCCGGCCCGGUCUGGUUGCGCGACUAUCCGGCGCCGCUGGACACCCUGCCCUACUUCCUUCUAGAGAACGAUGACUGA